AUGUCGCACAAAAAGCUUAAGGGCGGCCAUAUGGCCAUCAUCGAGAACUGGUAUCAUCAGAUACCGGCAUUUACGGACGUGUUUACGGAGGAGAGUUUCUACAUGUUUGCCGUCUGCUUUGUGCUGUCCACCAUAGCCGUCGUGUUUGUGCUGUCCCGGUUUAUCACGCUGAAGCCGGUCGAUUAGUCAUUUUUUU